UUGUUGUUGUUGUUGUUGAGAAUGGAGAAGCCACUGCUGAUACUGCUGCUGCCUGCGAAGAAGAGACAGCGCCACCGCCAGCGGCCAACGUAGAGGCUGAAAGAGAGCCCGGCACCGGGACGGGGACAGGGACCGAUCACCAAGAAAUUGACUUCGUUACCCUGGGCAUGUUCAUCAUUGGUAAGCCGUCCGCAUCUUCUCAAAUGCACUCGAGGCCGUUUCAGUAAACUAUCAGCCAUGCCUCUGUCUACCGCACGGAUGAUUCCACCGGGCCUGAUCUCCCUCUCAUCUCACUCACCGCUUCUGUUUAAACUUUUCCAAUUCUACCCAGCAGACCACGGCUCAACUCGGAAGAUCUUGACAUUUCCCCUCGAUUCAAUCAGUGAAGCCCAUAAAAAUGAUGCUAACCUCCUCCAAUCAAGACGAUAUCGAGUUUAUACCCCCCACACCGCCAGUAAAGGAUGUCCUCGGUGGAGCCGGGACCUUUUCGGCACUCGGCGCCCGGCUGUUGUCACCGCCCCCACGUUCCGGCUCCGUGGGUUGGGUCGUUGACAAAGGAUCUGACUUCCCUCCAGACCUCGAGACUUUAAUUAUGUCAUGGGGGACAUCUGUGCUCCUGCGUGAAACGCCCGAACGCUUAACAACGCGUGGUUGGAACGGUUAUGAUGAACACCAGAAUCGGGCGUUCCGGUAUAUGACGCCCAAGAAAAGACUUACCGCCGAGGAUCUAACGCCUGAGCUGCUUGCCUCACGCACCUUUCACCUAAUUUGCUCACCUAAACGAUGUCGUGAGCUCGUACUUGAAAUUAAGGACAAGCGUGCGGAUCUGCCGGCGUCUGUUUAUAAUGGGCUGAGUGGAGAAAAUGCCCGUGAUGGCGGUGAUGAUACUACGGGCAAUCACUUACCAAAGCCCAUCUUCAUUUGGGAACCUGUGCCAGACCUCUGUACGCCUGAUGAACUGCUGAAUUGCACGAAUGUGCUGCCGCUGAUCGAUGUCAUGAGUCCUAACCACGCAGAGCUGGCUGGCUUUAUGGGUGAUGAUGGUUUAGAUCCAGAGACGGGUGAGAUUAGCACACGAGCCAUCGAGCGGGCUUGCGAGCAGCUUCUGGGUUCCAUGCCUCUACAAUCCUUCUCCAUUGUUGUGCGCGCUGGCGAGAAAGGGUGCUACCUCGCGCGCAACGGCGGGCGUAAGCGCACACAUAAGCACAAGUCGAAGCCGAAGGGCAAGAAACCGUCCGCGUUGCUCCAUGGCGGCCUCCAGCCCGACACGGAUAUGGAGGCGCUUUUUGCCGGCCUUCUGCAGGAUGCCGAGGGCUCCAUCGCCCGCGAGGAGAUAGAAGUUGAUCCAGGAGUUGAGAGAUGGAUUCCCGCCUUUCACAACAAAUCUUACGAAGAGGGAAAUGAUGCUCCCCCGGAUGAGAGGGAAGUAGCGGAAGGAGAGACGGUACAGAAACGGCAAAAUAAAGGAAGGGUAAUCGAUCCCACGGGUGGCGGGAACACUUUCUUGGGCGGAUUAGCUGUUGCACUUGCAAGAGGAAAGGGUCUUGAGGAGGCUGCAGCGUGGGCGAGUGUGGCAGCCAGUUUCGCUAUUGAACAAAUCGGCGUGCCUACCAUCGGGCAAGACGACCAAGGCAACGAGACCUGGAAUGGCGUCCGCGUCGACGAGCGGUUUGAGGAGUUCAAGACAAGACUUGCAUUCAGUUGUUGAUUGGCUCUGGGACUUUUGAUCUUUUUUUGGGCUCGCUCUUGCGGACAUAGACUAACUCUUCCCCGUCUUUUCUACCUCGUGGAAUACAUCAGUAGCGCAUGAUACCCGUCAAGCCCAACUGUCGCCGCAAGUUCUCUACAUGUAAUCAGAUUGGCUGAGGCUUGUACACCCCGAAGAUGUACAGGCUAUAGGUGCAUGAAUAAGGAUCUGGUAGGGGGCUUCAAGGAAUUCUCCAUCCCUUUCACUGACUUUACCCCUGAAAAGGGGGGGCGGGAAGGGUCAUAUCAUAUGAAUGGACACCUAUUUUUUUUUUUUUUGGAAAGACCGCGCUUUACCCAAACGACAUAGAAAGAUCCUUCCGCUAGGUUGGACAACCUUUAUUGGAAGAGAAUAAGGCAAGACAAAAAAAAGUGGCCUUUCGGAAACAGAAGGACUAAAAAGGUUUAUAGACGAAGGGAAAAUCAAGGUCGAGCUAGAUUUCAUAUUAUCUCUCUCAGCCGAUAGCGCCAAAACACGUUUUAC